CCUUGCUUUCAUGUGGUUGCAGGCAGAAUUUGCUGUUGACUUGGUUCCCGCAGCCAUGCUGGCAGCAAGGUUGGUGUGUCUUCGGGCACUCCCCUGCAGGAGUCUUCGUUCUGCCGUCACUCAGAUUUCACCAACAUUGAGAAAUCCCUCUCUAAAGACAAAGCAAUGGCUCAUGCAGCCUUAUCAGGGAUAUGCCUCCAGGGUUCGGACAGGGAUACGCCGAGGGAAAACUGGUCAAGAAGUUAAAGAAGCAGCUUUUGAGCCAUCAAUGGAAACAGCCUUUAAAAUUGACCAGGCGGGAAGAUGGAUAGUUGCUGGGGGUGCUGCUGUCGGUCUUGGAGCCCUCUGCUAUUAUGGGUUGGGGAUGUCCAAUGAAAUCGGCGCCCUUGAAAAAGCCGUUAUUUGGCCACAGUAUGUGAAAGACAGAAUUCGUUCCACCUACAUGUACUUCGCUGGAAGUGUUGGCUUGACUGCCUUGUCUGCCGUGCUAGUGAGCAGAUCUCCUGCCCUGAUGGGACUGAUGAUGAAGGGGUCCUGGCUGGCAAUCGGUGCCACCUUUGCAGCAAUGAUUGGAGCUGGCAUGUUGGUUCGAUCAAUAGAUUACGAACAUAGCCCUAUCCCAAAACACGUGGCGUGGAUGCUGCAUGCAGGUGUUAUGGGUGCAGUGGUGGCUCCUCUGACUCUUCUUGGUGGCCCCCUACUUCUUCGAGCUGCUUGGUACACGGCAGGAAUCGUGGGGGGUCUCUCUGCUGUGGCCAUGUGCGCCCCAAGUGAGAAGUUUCUGAACAUGGGAGCUCCUCUGGGUCUGGGCUUGGGACUUGUGAUUGUUUCUUCUGUGGGAUCUAUGUUCCUGCCUCCAACUUCUAUGUUGGGUGCUGGCAUGUAUUCUGUCGCGAUUUAUGGUGGAUUGGUACUUUUUAGCCUGUUCCUGCUCCACGAUACCCAGGCAAUUAUAAAACGUGCAGAGACUCAACCACUGCUGAGUGGGUUUGGAAUGCAGAAGUAUGAUCCUAUCAAUGCGUGUAUGAGCAUUUACGUGGACACGCUCAAUAUCUUCAUCAGAGUGGCUACUAUGCUUGCUGGUGGUGGUGGGCGGAAGAAGUAGAUGCAGCAAGGUGCCUUGAGGGGUCAUCCGUCAGUUUCUCUGCUUAGUGCAAACUCUCCAAUAAAGCGUUCGUUGCGUCCAAGCAGCUUUCCUGUAGAAGUUUGAUAUUCUAAGCAUUUCAACAUGAUCUCGAAGUUCUUUUGGGGGCAGCAUGACUCAGGUCUUGGUUUCCAGUUCUAAUUUGUAAAGCAUUCAGUGGAAACUAGUUGGCUGCAUGCCACUCAAUCACUUUGCUUCAGUUGGAGGGUUUUUUGAAAUGGAAAAGAAGUUCAUAACAAUAAAUCUGUAUUUACAGCAACUAUUAAGUUCUCUUCUCCUUUCAAAAGAUGACUCUCUGCCGUUCUUUCUGGCGCCAUAUAUAAGAUAGGCCUAGAAGAGCAUUAUACACUCUUCGGUAAGAGUUGAAUUCAGCUGUGGAUUCAGAAACUAUAAAAUUAUUUUAGCAGAAAUUCAGGAAGCUAUCCAAGCAUAUUUGCUACUAAUGCAUGAAUAUCAUCAACUGAGCGUGGCUUAUUUUGAAACAAAUCUCAUGGAAAUCUCAUUAAAUGAGGAAUGUUGGAGAAUAGCAUUCUGUCCCAAAGUCAGAUCGGGACCCCAUCUUCAUCUUGAGCCAUGUUUUCCUCUCAAAAUCCUCUGCAAAAUAGUAGCAUCCGACUGGCCAUUUCUUUUGAUAAGUGGAUAGUGGUUUCUACAAGAACAUUAAAUGGGGCUCUCCCCUUAAUUCCAGAAUUGUACUUCUACGCUCUUAAUUUAUAGGCUGGGAAGACAGUUGUAUAUAAAUUUGUAAUGGAGAAAAUAAAAUCAGAACUGCAUGAAGCUCCCAGCUUCUGUAAUACUCCAUUUCAUUAACAGAUACAGCAAUCCAGUAAUGUAAGUUUCCUCCCUUGUCAAUCUGUGCUAUCAGGUUCUUAAUAAAUAAAAUCCUUGCACAACA